AUGUUGCCGUCUGACUGCAUCGCGAGCCUCCUGCGCCACCUUCCGACUCCGGAUCUGGCCCGCACCGGUCUAGCGUGCAGACAGCAUCACGAGGCCGUGGCCUCGGUUUUGCGCCUCCGCAUCAAAGAGUCAGGCCUCUACCUCCCGCCGGUGCUGCCGCAGAGCCCGACCGCGACGAUGAAUCUGCUUCUGAGGUUGGAGCAAGGCCGCGCGGACGCGCAGGGCCGUGCGGCGGCGCACGCGGCGGCACGCGCCGCCGCUCUCGAAACCGGCAGGCAGGAGCGCCUCGCUGCGCUGCACCGGCUCGAGACUGCAAUCCUCGCGAGGCUCAAGCAGUGGCGCGCGUCGGGUCCCGCGCCUCCCGGCGUUGCGUUCCGAAUCACCGAUGGCUUCGGCAUCAUCCAGCGUCUGCGCGACGAGCGGGAAGACGACGAGCGGCGGGCGUCGCUUGCCGCCGCCGCGACAAUGCGCUCGAGGCCGCGCCUCCCGGUCGCGGCUCUCGAAGUUGAGCAUGCGGCGGUCGUCGAGGCGUGCCACGGGCGCAUCAUGGACCUCGCGCUCGUUCAGCAGGCGGUCGGGCGAAACGUCCGCCGCGUCCGCGAGGGGGUGGCGGAUGCAGUUGUGACCGAGGACGCCCUCAGCGACGCCCUGCUCACAAAGGGGGGAGAGCUCAUGCAGAUCUCCCGUGCGCUGCUCGUGCUCGAGUCCGAGUCGACGGCGCUCGAGCGGGAUGCGACGCGGCUGCUGCGCCAGGCGCGCAACCUCUCGCGCUUCCUGCAUCGCAAGGAGUAA